AUGCAGGCGAUCAAAUGCGUGGUGGUGGGUGACGGUGCGGUGGGUAAAACAUGCCUCCUAAUAUCAUACACGACGAACGCAUUCCCCGGCGAAUACAUUCCCACCGUCUUCGACAACUACUCGGCCAAUGUUAUGGUAGACGGGCGGCCGAUAAACCUCGGGUUAUGGGAUACGGCAGGUCAAGAGGACUAUGAUCGUCUGCGGCCGCUGUCGUACCCACAGACGGACGUGUUCUUAUUGUGCUUUUCCUUGGUGAAUCCAGCUUCAUUUGAGAAUAUUAGAGCAAAAUGGUAUCACGAAGUUAGUCAUCAUUGCCCAAGAGCUCCGAUUUUGUUAGUCGGUAAGUUAUUUGAGUUUUUUUUGGAUUUUAGGCUUAUAUUGGAUUGGUCAAGGUUCACAUGACAAUAUUGUGUGAAUUAAAGUUAAAAAGACAUGUUUGUAGAACUCAAAGAAAGAUUCUUUUUAAAUACGAUGUUAUAGAUGAUUUUUUUCAUGAUUUCAGGCCUAUUUUAAUCUAAAACAAUGUUUUAGGCACAAAACUAGAUCUUCGAGAUGAUCCAAAGACGAUCGAAAAGCUACACGAACGACGAUUGGCCCCAAUCACGUACAAUCAAGGUAUGCAGAUGGCAAAAGACAUAAAAGCCGUGAAGUACUUGGAAUGCUCAGCUCUAACACAAGUGGGAUUGAAGAAGGUAUUUGACGAAGCCAUACGAGCCGUACUCUGUCCUCCACCGGUCAAGAAGAAGAAGACUUGUGCUUUAUUGUAG